CCAAAGCGCUGCAAAAGAAACAGGAGCAAAUGGGCCUCGCAACUCACCGGCUUACCCAGUCGUGUAAAACACGGUGGAACUCCGUGUGCGAGAUGUUUGAUCGGCUGGUGGAGCAGCGGUGGGCUGUUGUUGCUGUGCUGUCGGACCGAACCGUGACCAAGCUUCAAGAUGCCAGGAUCCUGGAGUUGAAGGAUGAGUACUGGCAGCUGAUGGAGGACACACAGCCCGUGCUGUCAGCACUUAAAUGUGCCACCACGGUUAUGUCUGCAGAGAAAGACGUCUCCAUCUCGAACACUUAUCCCGUCACCUUCGGCCUCAUCAAUAUCCACCUCAUGCGCAAUGAAGGAGACGGGCCCAGACUCAUCGAAUUCAAGACAAAAGUGCGUUCCUCUCUCAUCCAACGAAUGAAUAUUGAGUCUGGUGAGUUUGUGUCAUUCGCCCCCAUGAUCUCAUCAAUGCUGGACCCUCGUCACAAACACCUGGGCUUUCUUACACCAACACAGAGACUGGCUGCUAAUGUGAAACUGGUUGAACUGGGAGAGGCGGUGGGGACCGAUAGGGCGGCUAUCCAACAGGCUGGGGGAGUCGAGGCUGCGUUGUCUGACACGGACGAGGGGAGCGCAAACACUGAAGUCGCGACCUCCCAGUCAUCUGCUAUGGCACAACUCCUUGGGGAUCACUAUACCACUCAAUGCGAGGCUGGCAUCGAAGCAGAACUUCAGAACUUUCUGAGGGAGACUCCCCCACCCCUGAAUUGCACACCUACAGAUUGGUGGAAAGUGAACGGAAUAAGGUUUCCCGGGCUGGCCAAGUUAGCGCGGCGGUACCUGUGCAUCCCGGCAACGUCAGUCCCCUCAGAGCGGGUGUUUUCGGCGGCUGGACUGACGGUCACCAGGUUGCGGUCGCGUCUGACCUCAGAUCAUGUCAACAUGCUUAUAUUUCUCAACAAAAAUCAGUAAACUGGUGCAGAAGUUGUAUGCGAGUUACUAAAGUUAGUUAUU